AUGGCGAAAUCAGCCCCAGUGAAGGUGGUGCUAAUCGAGUACCACCACGUCCAGACCGACGUGUCGAACUUCAAGUCCGUCGUCCAGAGCCUCACCGGCAACGCCAAGCGGUCCUCCUCCGCCCUGCCCGACACAUCGUUCCCGGCAGGAGACACCACCAAGAGGCGGCGCCGGGAUUUGGACUCGGCGGCGGCCAAUCAGACCAUUAUUCAAACCACCGCCACUACGACGCCGUUUGAUCUGCACACCAUGUCGUUUAAAGACUUGGAUCGCUUGCUCAAAUUCAACCUCCCUUCCGUCCAGGAUUUAGACUGGAUUUGGGCUGAUAAUUAG